CAUGUCACGGCCUGCGCUUCUUCUGCUCCUGUUCCUGCCAUUCUUCUUUGCCGCGUCGGCCACGAAGCCAGGCAAGAAGAUUUCGAGGAGCCAGUUCCCCAAGGGUUUCCUCUUCGGCACUGCGUCGUCCGCGUACCAGUAUGAAGGGGCUGUAAGAGAAGGCGGCAGAGGGCCAAGCAUCUGGGACACCUUCACUCACAGUCACCCAGAGAAGGUAGCAAAUGGAAGCAACGGAGACAUAGCAAUUGACUCCUACCACCGGUACCAGGAGGAUGUCAAAAUCAUGAAGGAUAUAGGCUUUAAUGCUUAUAGAUUUUCGAUUUCUUGGACAAGAAUUCUGCCUAAUGGAAAACUGAGUGGAGGGGUCAACAUGGAAGGAAUCAAAUACUACAAUAACCUCAUCAACAAGCUAAUUUCACAAGGCGUCGAACCAUUCGUGACCCUUUUUCACUGGGACUCCCCACAAGCAUUAGAACAGCAGUAUAGUGGCUUCUUGAGCCAGAAUAUUGUGGAAGACUUCUGUGACUACGCCAACAUCUGCUUUAGGGAAUUUGGAGACAGGGUCAAGAGUUGGAUAACAUUCAAUGAGCCUUGGAGUUUCAGUAUUGGUGGUUAUGACAGUGGUAUAUUAGCACCUGGUAGAUGCUCCUCUUGGGAAAAUUCAGGAUGUAGCAUGGGGGACUCAGGAAGGGAACCUUAUAUUGUAGCUCAUAACCAACUUCUCGCUCAUGCAUCAGCAGUUCAGGUGUACAGAGACAAAUACCAGGGGGAGCAAAAAGGAAAAAUAGGAAUUACUAUAGUCAGCAAUUGGAUGAUUCCCUACUCAAAUUCCAAGCAAGACAAGGAUGCAGCCAAGCGUGCAUUGGACUUUAUGUAUGGAUGGUUCAUGGAUCCUUUAACUAAGGGAGAUUAUCCACUCAGCAUGAGAAAACUGGUUGGUAAAAGAUUACCAAGAUUCACAAAAAAGGAGUCAAAGACUAUAAAUGGAUCAUUCGACUUCAUCGGCAUCAAUUACUAUACAGCGAGAUAUGUUCAGAACACCAAAAACAAUAACAAUGGAAACAAAAGCUAUAAUAAUGAUUCACUUACUAAUCAAACAGUGGAAAGAAAUGGGACAGCUAUUGGUCCAAAGGCUGGAUCUCCUUGGCUCUACAUCUAUCCAAAAGGAAUCGAAGAACUUCUGCUAUACACCAAGAAGACAUACAACAAUCCUAAAAUCUACAUUACAGAAAAUGGUGUUGAUGAAAUUAACAAUGAAAACCUACCGCUUCAAGAAGCCUUAAUUGACAAUACAAGAAUAGAAUUCUAUCGGCAACACCUAUUCUACAUUCAAAGAGCCCUCGAGUACGGAGUUGAUGUACGAGGAUUCUUUGCAUGGUCGCUAUUUGACAAUUUCGAGUGGAUGGAUGGUUAUACUGUGAGAUUUGGUAUUAAUUACAUCGACUACAAGGACGGUUUGAAAAGAUAUCCAAAGCAUUCCAGUAAAUGGUUUCAGAAUUUCCUUCGUGAAUAA